AUGGCCGAACCUACAUCUUCUCCCUUUAAAAGAUUCAUGAGACGCUUCCGUGGUGGUAAUGGCGGCGCUGGCAGUGGAUCCGAUCCCCAAAGUCCUUCAUCCACCACACCCAAGAAGAUGGACCUCAGGGUUCAAGGUCACACCGCUGACGGUGGAUCCGAUCCCAGAAGGCGUUCAUCCACCACACCCAAGAAGGACCUGAAGCGUAAAGAUGGCAGCGGUGACGAUGACGAUUCGGCUCCGGCUGCCAAACGUCCUGCCACUGCGCGAUCGAACCUUCAAAGAGCCCGAGAUAAACUGCUGUCCAGGGAACCGACGGAUCCCGGCCCAGGCACCAAGAAACAUCUGCCACUGAUCCCCAAGAUAAACACGGCUCUCGAAUCAUCUGGCAUCGGGAACAUCAAUCCGAAUAAAGUUAAUAUUAUAGAAGACACUCCAACCGAGGAUCAAAUCAAAGACUAUCGAAUCAAAGGAGCUGACUAUUUGCACUGGAUGACCGUCUCCAGACCAGCAAAACCAUGUAAAGUGACCCGGUCCACGCUAACAAUGGAUGAUAUACUUAAACCGCGUUCCUCCAGAGGGCCAGAAUUCAGGACAUCGAAAAGCUUCAAAGCUGCUCCACCGAGGGAACUCAAUGACAGUCUCAGAGAGGCAAAUCUUCCACAAGUUCCGAGAUCGAGGGACUGGCAAUUUACACAUUUAGAGCGCACUAUUGAAAAAGGAGAUUCGAGCUACCAGCAAUACGUUAGGCCAGGUGCCAUCGUUGCUAGCUCGGUUUAUAGACAUCAAAAGGGACCCCGCUGGACUGACAUUAUUUUAGCGUUGUACAAACGAGACACUGGAGACACCAACCUCGAUCAGCUCAGAUAUAUUUUUUGGACAACAGUGGAAAAUGAGCAGACACUCCCCUUGGUUGGGAAGGUUCACCACAUGAAAGGCAAACCCCCAGGCGCCACAUGUGAGUCAUUAAGUCCAACAGUUCACACUUGGGAGAGGAACUCCCCAGAGUUCCUGGAAAUCCUAGGAUCAGAGCUAGGAAGAGCUACGGCGUGUAUUGUAUUAGGGGCUUGGCGACCAGGCACGCAUCGUAUUUUUAGAAUCUACACCUGGUUUUCCGGAGGUUCUCUACAUAUGCGAUUCGACAUUGAGGCUAAAGAAGGGAGAGAAAAUGUGCAGCAAAGAGCAGGUUUGGUUGACCAGCAGGCUGGAAGGGGGAGAAAGGGAGGAAGGAGUUAG